AUGGACUCCACCACCGAACCCCCCGCCAACGAUGCCUCCGCCAAACGCAAGCGGAGUCCUUCCGCGUCGCAACCACCCACUGCACCGGCGGCAAAGGUGUCGAAAACCGCGAACCAGCUAAGCAUCAACUACCUCGCCCGGCAAUCGCAAGAAGACCUACCCUUGAUCAAGAAAGAAGAAUCACUACCCGACCUGCUACACCUGCUGUCUCAGUAUAGCAAUAUAUUGGACCGGCACGAGUCUCUGGCCUCCAACCUCGGCGCACGGCCACUGGGACCGAUCCUCAUCAAGCGUUUCGAGCGCUGCUUCGAUGCGCCGCCGAAAGUGGUGGCCUCGCACCACAAGGGAGCCGCGAGCAACCCCGAAGAAAGCCCACACCAGAUCACAUGGCUCGAGGUGAUUGAGUUUGCUCGCUCUCACCCAGCCCAGUUCACGCUCAGCACAUUCUCGGAAGGGAAGAGGGUCUGCCAGUUCUACUACCCGCAGAAGCAGCUUCGUGUCCAGGUCAGCGAGGAAGACUUCCUCUUCAUCAACAGCGGUCGAUGUCAAGAGCUGAUACCGCCGCUGCCGAUAUGGGAGGAUGAGGAGAAGGAGGUCGCGACGUGCGAUGUGCUCGAGACCAAGCUUAAAGAGCUCACCAAUGCUGCGGAUAUGGUCGCUGCUCGGACUAGACAGCUGAGCCACAGGCUGAAGGGCAGGAGAGCGGCGAUACUCGACCGUAGGGCGGAAGGGGGCAGUGGGACACCAGCUAAGGCUACGGCACAGCAGACCACCACUGCACCACUUUCUACCGGCACUCCUAGCUUCACAUCGGUCAACCUGAUCAACGGUAGCGCGCCUGCCGAAACGGUGGAGCCGGUAUUGAGCUCCUCUUCGAAUGUGCGUAGCGAGCUUCUUCGCCACUUCGAGAGCCUACCGCACAACCAGAACCAAGGACGAACGCAGCCGAGGAAUCAGUCAACAGCGGCUCCCACCGCAGCCCAACCUACCACGGAGCAGGAGAACGGCGCGGCAUCUAAUGCAUCCUCGCUGUCACCUGUGCCACCAAACGCUUUCGCCACCGACUUCAUGAGCUACUACACUACCGAUACCCCGUCGGCCUCGCGCCCGCCCGCCAGCACCGCGCCACAACGGCCUCCUUCGAGUUCUGGUCAGCAAGCCUAUGCGGCAGGGUCUGCGGGCAAACACAACUUCAGCCGGCCAUUGCCGCCAGCACUCGAGAGCAGCCAGCCAUUCAGGCCUCUCUGCCAGGCGCACAUGGACGCUCUCCCCCGCGGCACGCGCGUCAUGCCACCAUGCGACCGCUGCCGCCGUCUCCGGAUGGAUUGUGUCAAGAACUUGACGUCCUGCGCAGGCUGCACGCGCAAACAUGCUAGGUGCCACUGGCGCGAUGUCUCACGGGAGGAGCUGGGUGAGCUCGACCAUCUGAUGGAGUCGGCGUACACUGCCACUGCAUCAUCGCCCACGAAUGGUAUGGCGCUUGCACCAGCCAACGGUUACUCUCAUGCUGGCAGUGAGCUCGAUGACGCUCCUCACGAUGAGAGUGAUGACGACGACAGCAACCCGCUGGAAGACCUGGAAGCGCUUGAGGAGAAAGAGGAUCGUGAGAGCGAAGCUGCAGCUGAGAGGAUGAGAGAGGAUGAAGAGGAUCUGCGUCAGGCGAGGGAGAAGGAGGACGAGGAGGGCUUGCGCCAAGCUAGGGAGCUGGCUCGUCAGGGGUGGGAGGAGAGCCUGAGGUCUCACCAGGGCGGUCAGGAACCAGAGGGCAGUGACGCUGCUGCUCCAACUCAUUACCCUGAAGGCGUUGCGAUUGCGGCGUAUACUCAGCCUGCUAGCGACACUGCUACGACACACGGCGACGCAGCAACGUCUCCGCAGCUCCACGACAGCAUUGUUCCUGUGAAUGCUAAACCUACUCUUCCUGCGCAGAAUGGAGUCCCAGAAGCAACGCCUUUUGCGCCUCAGGAAGUGGCUCAGCUACCGACCGCAGCCAUGUUGCACGAUCAGCCUGACGCGAAGCCUCAUAUCCUCACUGCAGACGACCAACCAGGCGGACACGGACAAAUGGGUCUGAGUGGUCAUGUUGUCAGCGACCAACCGACACCUCCCUCUAAGAACACAGGCUUUCGCGCUGUCAACGACUCUACCUCAGCGAUGUCCUAA